AUGGGUUCCAAAGCCCCCAUUCUCCCCGAAGAGGGCAAGCGCAACAUCCUCAUCACCAGCGCCUUGCCCUACGUGAACAACAUCCCCCACCUGGGCAACAUCAUCGGCAGUGUCCUGUCAGCCGACGUUUUUGCUCGCUACUGCAGAGCCCGCGGUCACAACACCAUCUACAUCUGCGGUUCCGACGAGUACGGUACCGCUACCGAGACCAAGGCCUUGGAGGAGGGCCUCUCCCCCGCCGACCUGUGCGCCAAGUACCACGCCCUUCACAAGGGAGUCUACGACUGGUUCCGAAUCGACUUUGACAUCUUCGGCCGAACACCGACCGAGCAACAGACCCAGAUUGUCCAGCAGAUCUUCUCUGAUCUCUGGAAGAACGGCCUCAUCGAGGAGCGCGAGACUACACAGCCAUUCUGCGCCGACCCCGCCCACUGCAAGUUCCUUGCUGAUCGUUUCGUCGAGGGAGAGUGCAGCAUCUGCCACGACCUUGGUGCUCGCGGAGACCAAUGCGAUGCCUGCGGUGGACUUUUGGACCCCUUCGAGCCCGAACGUGAGCCCAGCAACGAGGGCGACGACCAUGUCGAGGCCAAGGCGACUGGCUGGCUGAUUAACCCCCGAUGCAAGGUCGACGGUACCGCCCCCGAGAAGCGGAGAACCAAGCACCUCUACCUGCGCCUGGACGCGAUUAAGGAUCUGCUCGUCCCAUGGUUCCACAAGAGCAGCAAGGAGGGCGACUGGAGCGCAAACUGUAUCUCCAUUACCCAGGCAUGGAUCGACAAGGGUCUGCUCCCCCGUGGAAUCACCCGAGAUCUCAAGUGGGGUGUUCCUAUCCCCAAGGGUCUUGAUGGACUCAGCGAUGAGGAGUACGCCGAGAAGGUCUUCUAUGUAUGGUUCGAUGCCUGCAUUGGCUACGUCUCAAUUACCAAGAACUUGACAGACCCCGGCAACCUGGACGGUACCAACUGGGAGAAGUGGUGGAAGAACCCCGAGAACGUCAAGCUCUACCAGUUCAUGGGCAAGGACAAUGUGCCUUUCCACACCAUCAUCUUCCCCGCCUCUCAGCUUGGAACUGGAGAGAACUGGACCAAGGUCCACAAGAUGUCGACGACCGAGUACCUCAACUACGAGGGUGGCAAGUUCAGCAAGUCCCGCGGUGUGGGUGUGUUUGGCAACACUGCCAAGGAGACUGGCGUUGACCCCGACGUCUGGCGAUACUACCUUCUGUCGAGACGACCCGAGACGGCCGAUUCCGAGUUCAAGUGGCCAGAGUUUAUUGACGCCAACAACAACGACCUCCUCAAGAACCUGGGUAACCUGAACCAGCGAAUCCUCAAGUUCUGCCAGGCCAAGCUGGAUGGUGUUGUGCCUGACUACACCAAGUACACGGAUGAGCGUCUGGAGGAGCACAAGAAGGAGGUCAACGAGGCCCUGCAGACCUACAUCACCCAGUUCGAUGCCAUCAAGCUUCGUGCUGGCCUCGCCACCGUUAUGCACAUCUCUGCUCUCGGAAACAAGCUUCUGCAGGACAGCAAGCUCAACAACCAGCUACUGGCCGAGGAGCCGGACCGUUGCGCCGCCGUUAUCGGUCUUGGAAUCAACCACCUUCAGCUCCUCGCCAGCAUCGUCCACCCCUACAUGCCCUCUACUGGUGAGGCCAUCCUCGAGCAGAUCGGCAGCCCAGGUCUCAUUUCGAUUCCCGAAACCUGGUCUGGUGACCUUAUUAAGCCAGGUCAGAAGAUUGGCGAGCCCAAGCUCCUCUUCACUCAGAUUCCCGCGUCCAAACUCGACGAGUGGCGUGAGGCUUUUGGUGGUGAGGAGAUUCGAAAGCAGAAGGCCCUCGAGGCGGAAAAGGCCGCGGCCAAGAAGGCUGCCAAGGAGAAGAAGAAGCAGAAGAAGCUCGCUCUCCGUGCUGCCGAGUCUGCUGGUGAGAAGCCCGCCGAGAAGGAGGCGUCCGCCUCAACCGAGAAGAAGCCUGUCGAGGCCUCCGCUGUUGACCUGCUCCCCGACAACAAGCCCGAAGAGAAGUAG